CAAUAAUCGGGUUGGGAGUAUGAGUCCUCUUGCCUGCUAAAGCUGCACUUCACUUCUCCAGAGAGAGCUCAAAGUGCAUUUCUCAGCUGUUUCUAGGAUUUAUGAGUUUACCCAUGGGGAACAUCUCAGGAAUUUCUCUUCUGCUUCUGGUGGUGAGUGUGUUCCUCUUGGCAAGUCCUGGCGUCCAGGGUGGAAAGAUCCUGGUGUUUCCUGUGGAUGGCAGCCACUGGGUCAAUAUGAACCUGCUGAUCCAGAACCUCCAUGCCAGAGGUCAUGAGGUCACUGUGGUCCGCUCAGCCACUAGCUGGUACAUCAAAGAAAAGGCGCCACAUUAUCACUCCAUCACUGUCACCCUACCAGAGGCCAUCAGCAUAGAGGACGAGGACUUCUUUGUCAAAUUCCUGGAGAAGAUGCUGGCGAUCCAAAAAGAGGGGGCAUCUUUUGUGGCCUUUGUGCAAUUCUACUGGGAAAUGCUUCCUGCACUGUCAAAAAUGCACCAACAAUCCAGCAUGUUGGCGGUAGAAAUGUUUGAGAACAAGACUCUAAUGCAGAGUCUUCGUGAUUCUCAGUUUGACGUGGCUCUUUUGGACCCUGGAUUGCCUGUGGGGGUUUUGGUGGCCCAUGAACUUCAGCUGCCAACUGUUUAUAAUGUGAGAUGGAUCACCAGUGGAGAAGCCCAUUUUGUGGCAGCUCCAUCUCCAAUAUCUUAUGUUCCAACUUCUGGAAAUGCUGCGACUGAUAAAAUGACCUAUUUGCAAAGGGUUAACAACAUAAUCCACUAUCUUUUGAACGUGUGCUUUGAUAGAUGUGUUGUUUGCCCUCUCUAUGAUAAACUGGUGGAAAGGUACUUUGGUCCAGGUGUGGACUUUUAUCACCUCCUACAAGGAGCAGACAUUUGGCUGAUGAGGGUGGACUUUGUCUUUGAAUUCCCCAGGCCCACUAUGCCGAACAUUGUCUACAUUGGUGGAUUUCAGUGUAAGCCCUCUGAACCUUUAUCAUCAGAGCUGGAGGAGUUUGUCCAAAGUUCAGGAGAGCAUGGAUGCAUCCUAAUGUCUUUAGGUACACUGGUGAAAGGCCUACCUGUAGACAUUACUUCAGAAAUCGCUGCUGCGUUUGCCCAAAUUCCCCAAAAGGUCAUAUGGAGACAUGUAGGCGAGCGCCCUGACAAUGUGGGGAACAACACCCUACUUGUGAAGUGGAUGCCCCAGAAUGAUCUUUUGGGUCACCCAAAGAUCAAAGCUUUUGUGGCUCAUGGUGGCACUAACGGGAUCUAUGAGUCAAUUUACCAUGGAGUGCCAAUAAUUGGCAUUCCCCUUCUGUUUGACCAGUUUGAGAAUAUUUUGAGAGUGGAAGCACGGGGAGCUGCUAAAUCGGUGGAUGCAACAAAACUCACCCGCCAGAACUUUCUGGAAACAAUACAAGAAGUUCUUCACAAUCCAUCAUACAGAGCUAACAUGAAGCGCCUCUCUGCUCUUCAUCGGGAUAAGCCAAUGCAUCCUUUGGACACUGCCCUCUUCUGGAUUGAGUUUGUUAUGAGGCACAAAGGAGCUUCACAUUUAUGCACUGAGUCUUAUAAGAUGUCAUGGUAUGCUUAUCAUUCUGUGGAUGUUAUAUGCUUUUUGUUAGCAGUCAUGUUGAUGCUGACAGCCAUCGUAGUGGGAUCAAUACGGUUUGUGUGCUUUCGACUGUGCAGGAGGAGUAAAACAAAGCAGGAGUAGUUACUGGCUCGUCUCAAAAGAUAAGGCAGGUUAUAUUCUUAUGUGUAUUUUUUCUGAUUGUCAACAAAUACGAUGAACAGAUCUAUAAAUCUUCAGUCUUACUUACAAGUAUUGUGUGUGUAUCCCAAACCUGGUAUAUCUUAUUCUUCUGUGCCAUAAACAUCAAUUGGUGUCCAAAAAAAAUCAAA